UCUGACCAACUCCCCACUGUCACGCACACCACCACAAACGCAGCAUAACGCGUCGUUGGACGUCGGUGUUUGUGUCUACGUCACAUCGGUUAAAUUAUGUUUUAAUUACCCAACUGCGACUGCAAAGGCAACUCGAUCGAAGCACAUUAUGCUCCCUCAAUUGCAUAACAGCACUUGCGCAUGAGUGUGUGUGUGUGGGGAACGCCAGAGGACCGAAACACACCACACCGAAAGGAGCAGAGAAGCGAAGGAAAAGAAGCCGACACCCCGAAAUUGCAGAAAAACAGAGUUUUUGGCCAAAAAUGUCCGGCUGCUGACCAUCGUCGCGAUUAAGUAUCGCCAACAAACAGUAUUCGCGCGAACAAACGCCGCAUAACCGAAAGUCACCACUGCCCACUGGAAGUGGUGCGAGUACCGGCUAACCGACUGUGCCGCCCUGGAAGAUGGCCUUUUCGCCGCACUGCUGACCGGCCACACUGCAACAGCCACCCGAUUUAGUUGCUGUUUUUUUACAUAACUCGUCACAUUCGUUCGCCUCGGAAUCGUGAUAUAUAUAUAUACACAUAUAUAUGAUAAUACAGUAUAUAUUAUGGCCGUUUUCCUGAUCAACGUCUGCAAGUACAAUGGCUGCGGCAUCACAUUUCCGAGCUUGAGCGAUCUGAUUUCCCACAUCGAGGACACCCACAUAGACUAUGACCCCAAGGUGGUCGAACAGAAGGAGCAGGCCCAGCCUGCCUGCCUGCCCUUGAGCUACGUCCUGCGCUUCAUCACCGAGGAGACCCGCAAGGAGGCGGGCUCGUUCCUGGCCAGCAACAACACCGCCCCACCGACGACCAACAGCGGCUCCAAUGCCGCCGGCCAUGGGAAUGGCAAUGUGGAGCUCAAGCGGAAGCUGGCCAUCAAGCACCACAGCUACAGUAUGUCCUCGUCCAACCGCAGCACCACGCCCACAGGCAGCGAAAUGGACGAGGACGAAAUGGUGGUCACGGAGUCGGAGGAUAGCAACGACUCCUGGACCACCGAGGAGUUCAGCUCCGAGUUUAUCAUGCGCUAUGGCAGCAGGCAUUCCGGUGGCGGAAACAACGGCACGCCCGGCAAUGAGAAACCCUUCGCCUGCCCUGUUCCGGGAUGCAAAAAGCGUUACAAGAACGUCAACGGCAUCAAGUACCAUUCAAAGAAUGGCCACAAAAAGGAUGGAAGAGUUCGCAAGGGCUACAAGUGUCACUGCGGCAAGAGCUACAAGACGGCCCAGGGCCUGAAGAACCACGCUCUGCACACCCACAACUCGCAGCCGGACAGCGUGCUGAAUGCCCAGCUGGCCAACGCGUUGGCCAUUGGCGAUGGCGCCAGUGCGUCGACCACGCCCGUGGGCAGCAACAACACCUCCUCCAAUCCGAACCCGCCGCCUGUCAUCCAGCGCAGCAACUCUCCGUCGCAAUCGCUGGUCCUGAGUCCUUCGAGCAUCAGCAACAUGUCGAGCAGCGCCAGCAGUUGUCACGGAGGCAGCAGCAGCCUGUCCAAUGGGAAUAACAAUGGCAAUAAUGGGGGCAACACAACCAGCAACACUGCCAUUCUCACUGGCAAUACGAACGUCCUGCAGCAGCUCAGCGCCGGGAAUGUGGUCACCUUGACCAACCUUCCCACCCAACAACAGCAGCAGCAGCAGCAACAACAGCAGCAGCAACUCCAUCAGAACACUGCAACAGGUAACAGCAACAACAAUUUAAUGCGCAGCACACUCGGUUUAGUAUCCAUUAAAGCCAACAACACGCCGACAGCCAAGUCUGUUAGCAAUCUAAUGGCCGCCAAUGCCACAGCCAGCAAGAUACUUAAGCUGGCCACAAAUGUGGCCAACGGUGGCGCCUCUAUGGACAUUGUGCAGCAGCAACAGCACCAGCAGCAGCAGCACAACAAGACAACAGCCAAUGGCCAAACUGUGCUCAAUGGCAGCAAGCCACUGCCCAAUUUGGUCAACUUGGGCAUUCUCACGCCGGCCACCUCACCCACCAAAAACACUCAGACGCUGACCUUCACCACCACGAAUGGUAGUAGCCAACAGCAGCAGGCGCUGGUGGCCUCGUUGGCCAAGAAGACCAACAUACUGCUGUUGCAGGAGCCGAAUCAGUUGCUGCAACAGGUGCAGCAGCAGCAGCAGCAACAACACCAGCAGCAGCAACAGCAGGUGCAGCAGCAACACCAUGUUCUGCCCAUCAGUCCCAGCAGUAUAAGCGGGAACAGCAGCAAGAGCAGCUCGCCCACGCCACAGCAGCAGCAGCAGCAGCUGGUGAAGAAGGGCAAGCUGGAGCUGCUGGAGCCCAUGGACACGGACGAGGGUCAGAGCGAUGGCAUUUCGGAGAGCGUGGCUGCGGCGAUUGCCAGCAUCACGGACUGCAAGGAGGACAUGAGUGGAGCAACAGUGGCGGGCAUUGAAGUUGUAGGCGCUGGCGCCGUCAACGAAGAGACGUAGCCUAUACUCAAGCAGCUACUGAUGCACCGAAAACUGACGCUGGAACCACCCAAGGCACCACAUUGACCAGCUCCUCCGUAUACGAAUGACACUCUGGUUUCGCCAGAGUGCCGAUCUUAGGGGGCAGACAGACCCACUCACUCACCAAAACACCCAUUUGGAAACAUUUCGUAGACUGCUUACUUGUUUUUAGUUUAGACCCUCGACCCAAUCAACUAAUACUAUUGUAUCAUAAAACUGAAGGAAAAACCCCACAAAUCGCAUUGAUUGUGCAAUAUUUAAUUCUGUAUAAUUUUAAAAGAGAGAAUUUUAAUCACCUUUAAUUGUAUGUAUGACUAUCAUGCUUGUAUUAAACUAUUUACAACUGCUGAUCUCCUCUUAAUUUAAUUAGGCUAAAAACAAAACCACCACUACACAGACGAAGCACGAGCAACAAUUGUAAUAAAAACCCAGCAAAAUGCAAAUUUCAAAUUCAUUUCCAACUGAACACUUCAAUUAUUGUUAGCACUACCACAUACAACUUAUUUAAUCUCGGCUUUAGCUUUAGUGACUAUUCGUAUUCGACUAAAACCAAGUAUUAUUUAUGUUCUAAGCUCUAGCAAAUUGAAUUUAAUUAUACGAUAUAUAUAAAAACACA